AUUAAUAUUCAUAUUUUGUUCUCGAACCGUGUGUUGCGCCGUCUUUAACUGCAGAUAAUUGGAUAAUUGCACAGGAAAGAGAGCAUAUAAGAGAAUAGAUAGGAAUAAGCAUAAUCUAGACAAGACAAUUGACUGGUUAAACCAUUCGUUGACGGGCAAUUGCUGCGUUAACUUAACUAUCUCCCUCAAACCUCUCUCCCUCCCCGAACUUCAGCUCCGUAUUUCCUGGUAUCAUUUAUAUUUGUUUGUAUCUACAAAUAUAUAUAUUAGGGAAUGCCCCUCCUCCGCCCCCCGUUCUCUUCCUUUUCUUCUUCAAUUCUUACGUCCAACCUCAGAAAGUUCAGAGUCACUACACCCUCAGCAACAACUCUCCCACAUCCCUCCCGCAUCCCCGCACGCAACUACCACCACCCCGCCACUCCACGCCUGAAGCUGGCCUCUACUACCCCUGCUAUUUCUACCACCAACCCCAUCAAUAUCUCGUCCAAUCUACGACUGUAUUCUCUCGCCAGGCAAUUCUCCUCGUCGUCCGUGUCUUCCGAUUCCGUGCCAUCCGCCGAUAAGCCCUCAUCUACAACCAUGGCUCCCAUCGACGAAGUGCACAAGUACGACUACAUUGUCAUUGGCGGCGGUAGCGGCGGCAGUGGUGCUGCCAGGAGAGCAUCUGGAUGGUAUAAGGCGAAGACCCUCAUUGUUGAGAAUGGGAGGUCCGGCGGAUGCUGUGUUAACGUCGGUUGCGUCCCCAAAAAGAUGACCUGGAACUUCUCCUCCAUCUCCGAAACCCUGCGUGACGGCGUGCAUUACGGCUACGACAUUCCCCAGAACAUCCCCUUCGACUUCUCCGUCUUCAAGCGCAAGCGCGACGCCGUCAUCGAGCGCCUCAACGCCAUCUACGAGCGCAACUGGAACCGCGAGGGCAUCGAUCUCGUCCACGGCACCGCCCGCUUCACCGGGACCAAGGAGAUCGAAGUGGAGUUACAGGACGGCAGCGGGAAGGCCCGAUAUACGGCCCCGCAUAUUUUGAUUGCCACGGGCGGUUACCCGCUUAUCCCUGAGGAUGUCCCCGGCGCGCACCACGGCAUCACCAGCGACGGGUUCUUCGACAUUGAGGUCCUCCCGCCCAAGAUCGCGGUGGUUGGCGCGGGAUAUAUCGCUGUCGAGCUGGCUGGUGUGCUGCAGUCCAUCGGCGUCGAGACCCACAUGUUCAUCCGUGGUGAUACGUUUUUGCGCAAAUUCGACCCGAUGGUCCAAACGACCAUGACCAAGCGGUAUGAGGAUAUGGGUGUGAAGAUCCAUAAGGGGUUCACUGGCUUUAAGCAGGUGGAGCUGCUCAGUGAUGGCAAGGGCCCGGAGAAGAGGUUGAAGAUCACAAAGAGUGACGGUGAGGUGUUCGAGGUCAAUGAGCUGCUGUGGGCGAUUGGACGAGCACCGGCUAUUCAGGAUCUGAAUCCGGAGAAAGCUGGAGUCCAGCUUAAACCUUCUGGCCAUAUUGUUGUUGAUGAGUUUCAGAAUACCUCCGUUGACGGAAUUUAUGCCUUGGGUGACGUGACGGGGCAGGCAGAACUGACUCCUGUCGCCAUCGCCGCCGGCCGCCAGCUCGGGAACCGCCUCUUCGGGCCCCCCGAGCUCAAAUCCUCCAAACUCUCCUACGACGACAUCCCCACCGUCGUCUUCUCUCAUCCCGAAGUCGGCACGACUGGCCUGACGGAGCCACAAGCCAUCGAGAAGUACGGCAAGGAGAACAUCAAGGUCUACCAUACGAAAUUCUCCGCCAUGUACUACGACGUCAUGCCUGUGGAGGAGAAGCAGAGAAACCCGACGGAGAUGAAACUCGUCUGCGCGGGCCCGGAGGAGAAGAUUGUUGGCCUGCAUAUUUUGGGUCUAGGCGUCGGGGAGAUGUUGCAGGGCUUUGGGGUUGCGGUUAAGAUGGGCGCGACGAAGAAAGAUUUCGAUUCUUGUGUCGCUAUUCAUCCGACGAGUGCGGAGGAAUUGGUUACGAUGCGAUAGAUUAUAGAGGAAGUCUCGCUAGGAAGUAUAUGUAUGUAGAUAGUAAGAAGAUGUGUUUGAAUAUAAGUCAUGUUUUGGUUUAAUUCAUAAUCAAGAGCAACUGAUAUUCCACUGGUCACUGCGCAUGGACCAACUCUUGAAAAAAAAUAAAAGUAAAAAAGUAAUCAUCCCUUAAUCCGUCCCUAUUUCAUAGACACACAUACCCAAAUCCUCGUACUUCGAAAAAUAACAAAUCACAACUUCGCCCCUAUCGCCCUCGGCUUAACAUCCACCGGGGUCCACCAGGGGUAAACCUCCGGCACAUCCCCCUUGGUGCCAAAACUCGCCUUAAACUCCGGCGCCCUCUUCUGCAAAAAGCUCUUGACCCCUUCCUCAUUCUCCCUGCCCCCAAACAUCCCAUAAAUAACUUUCGAAUCCAACAAAUGCGCCUCCUCCGCGCUGCAGGGACCCCGAUACAUCAUCUCCCUCAUCAGCGUCGACGCCACCGUCGACGUAUUCUUGGCAAUGUCCGCCGCAAUCUCCAGCGCGCGCGCCACCGUUUCCGCGCCCGUGGGCAGCACUUCGGAAAACAACGAGCCGAACAGAGGGUGUUCGGCCGGGUAUGUGGAGCCCGUUGCGGUGAGGUGGAGCGCGCGGCUGUAGCCGAUCAGGCGCGGGAGAAAGAAGGAGGAGGCGGCUUCCAUCACCAGGCCACGACGCGAGAAGACGAAGCCGAUCUUUGAGCCGCGGGUUGCGAGGCGGAUUGUGGCGGGGAGGGUCAUUGUGAUGCCGAUGCCGACGGCGGGGCCGUUCAGGGCCAUUAUUGUUGGUUUGCGGCAGGCGUUUAUGGCGAGGGUUACGCGGCCGCCACUGGUUGGGGGGUUAGUUUUUUCUUUUGUUUUCUUUUCUUGUAUUUUAUUUUCUUGUUGCUUUUGGGUUGCCUAUUGGCGUAUGAGGGCAAGUUAUCGCGAACCGGAGGGAGGUAACAAGAAUGGGUAAAUAAACUGAAACAUGUGAUGGGAAUUGAGGAAACUGAGUUACGCACCCGUCUCUAUGCUCAACCCCAUCGUCGCCAGGAUUCCUCCUCGAUCCAUCGCCGGACGAGCUCUUCGGGAACCCAAUCUCCAGGUCCGCCCCGGCGCAAAACGCGCGCCCCGCUCCCGUCACCACAAUGGCUUUGACGCGGUCGUCCACGUCGACCAUGUUGAAAAACGAGAUCAUCUCGUCCGCCAUCGUUCCCGUAAACGCAUUGAGCUUAUCAGGCCGAUUGAGAGUUAAGAGGAGGACGGGGGUGGCCGUGGAGGCGCUAGCGGGUACAUGAUCGAUUUUGAUGUGCUGGGUUUGCAGCGCGGAGUAUGAUGGAGGGAUUUGGAUGGCCAUGGUGAUAGAGGUUGGAUGGAUGGGGCGAUUUGUUAUGUUCAAUUGAUGUUGUAGAGGAUCUGGGGGAUAGAAUUGUUAGUUCUGUUCGCGCCUUUCGGAGAUGUUAUCCUUUGCCUAGUAAAUCCCGGGACAAUUGCUUUUAUUUGUCCAUUAAGUUGUAUGUACAUGACUAUGGACUGCAGCGGAGUGCAUAGCAAUAUGUACUAGAAAGCAUCAAUAAAACAAGUCGGCAUACCUUCUGUGUUUUCUUUAUACUGUAUUCACCUGCACAA